AUGCUACUGCCCGACCCCGCAGCCGCCUACACUGCUUGCGAGUCUCUUCUCGUCGUCUGUGACAACGCCACUGCGUCUUCGUCGGCCGUCGACGAGGUGAUGAUGGGACAAGAGGCUGAUUUACCUGAGGUAGGUAGAAAUAUACGAUUACACUAG